UCUGCAAACUCGUCACGACUCCACUCUGGAAAUUGAUAGAAGAUCCAAACAUCAAUAUAAUAGACAUGAAUGAACGAUACCUUCAGUUGGUUACAUUCCUCAAAGAUGUGUCUAACAACAACUUGGAGGAUUUCAUGACAGGAAAAAAACGUCCCUUUCCAGAUGUUAACGUAAAAGAUGAUGUCUUGUACAAAGCUGUCAUAGCUGAAUCAGAAGUUGACACUGAUUGCCUAGUAGUUCUGGGUUCUGUUCUCCCCGUCUUGGCCAAGUUAACACAGAGACUGUACCAUGAUCAUCUACCAGGAGGAAAAUAUGCAGCUGCUACUGAAGAAAUGAGAACAGCAGCAAAAUGCACAGUAAAGCACAAUAAGUAUUGUGAAACAAUCUUUGCAUUCUAUGAUCAAAUGCUGCGAACGAGGCCACAUAUAUCAACAAUAACUGCAGAAGCAAGCCUGAUGUUUACAUUUAACAAGACUGGAGAGUGGCUUGACGCAAAAAGUGAUGAAGAGGAGAAGAAAAUCCUGCAAGAAUCAAGAAAGCAAGUGAAAAGACUCCAAAAAGAGUUCAAAGACAGACAGAAUAAAUAAAGGAACAAAAAGCAGAGCUCCAAAGAGAAAAAUUUCGGAAGGGAGAAGCAGCAAAAAAGAAGGAACUUAAUGCCAAAAUCCAACAAGCCAAUGAUAUAUUGUACUGGGGACUUCUUCAAAGUGAAGAACAGGUGGAUCAAGCAAUGAUAGGCUUGUCUAAUUCUGAAAAGUUACAUCUCCUCAAGGCACAGCUGAAGUUCAGAAAGAACCUACUGGAACAAAAAGCAAGUGAUGUCAAACUAUAAAAUUUCUCAGUACAAGUCGAGGAUGAUGAGGGUAAUAAGAAGAGGAGGCAGUUACUACCAGAUGAGCUAGCACAAAAUGUGAAGCAACUGAUCAGAGAUGGCCAACUCAUGGAGCGUCUAGAGGAAGAACCCAGUGGUACUACUAGACUUGUCAACAAGAGAGUCCACCACAGAUUUGAAACGGAUCAGGGAACUAAAUGGUGGAGAGGGAAGGUCAUAUCACAAGUACGAGGUUUUCCAUCAUGGUUCAAUAUUGCUUACGAAGAAUCACCGGACACUGUUUACACUUAUCAACUCCUUGAAGAUCUUGAGGCUGGAGACCUGGUGAUCGAAGAAGAACAUUAGAACAG